CAGACUCACAGCUCUGGCAGUUGUGUCCCAUACUCCGUCUUGGGAAGAUGUGCUUGUGAAUUUCAGUGGAACAUUAAAUGAAAAUGUGUUUUACGUCGUGGCUUUCUUUAUUUUUACUAUUGGCAAGCUUACCAUCAGAUCAUGUGUUGGGACAGAUAAUCAGAGAUGAAGAUAGAGGCUCCUUCGCUGUAACAGACUUCGCUCGCGCCCGGUUCAAGGAUGGCGUUUGGGAAGAUGGCACGCGAACAUGUUCACCAGCGGAGUUUAGAUGUAAUAAUGGUCGCUGCAUCCCAAGAAAGUGGGUGUGCGAUUACCAAAAGGACUGUCAGAAUGGAGAGGAUGAGCAGCAGUCUUGUCCACCACCAGAAUGUCAGGAGGAACAGUUUGCAUGCAAUGAAUACAAGUGGAAUCACACUUACUGCAUCCCUGUCCACCAGCGCUGUGACAAGAUAGAUGACUGCACAGACAAGUCAGAUGAGAGUGGAUGCUCUUACCGGGAAUGCUUAUUUGAAGACCACAAGUGUGGCUCUGGGCUGUGCAUACCACCGACCAGAAAGUGUGAUGGUUAUUUUGACUGUCGUGAUGAGUCAGAUGAAGCUGGGUGCAACAUGACCUCUUGCACAAAAGACAAAUUUAGAUGUAAUGACUUAUGCAUAGAAAAAUCUCAGAAGUGUGAUCAUAGGAAAGACUGUGAUGAUAAUUCUGAUGAGGAAGACUGUGAUUUCCCAGCAUGUCAUGAGAACCAGUUCCGCUGUGCCAAUGCUCUGUGUAUUCCUCGCCGCUGGCACUGUGAUGGUCACAGUGAUUGUCCAGAUGACUCUGAUGAGCAAAAUUGUACUGCUAUUGCUUGUCCAGACUCAAAGUUCUUAUGCCCACAAGAAAAUCGUUGCAUUGAAAAGACCAAGCUUUGCGAUAGCCACCGAGACUGUAUCGAUGGCUCAGAUGAAACUACUUCAUGCUCUGCAGAACUGUGUCCAAGUUUGGGGUGUGAGUAUGCCUGCCGCACAUCUCUGGGAGGUGGAGAGUGCUACUGCCCUGUUGGAAAGCAAGUGUCUAAUGACACCAGAACAUGCAUAGACAAGAAUGAGUGUGAGGAAUGGGGCCACUGCGACCAGCUUUGUUUCAAUACUGAUGGUUCCUACUAUUGUAGAUGUACUGAAGGCUUUCAGCUUGAAGGCAAGACUAACUGCAGAGCAAUUACUGGAUCAGGAAAGAGCAAGAUGCUGCUCUAUUUUACUUACCAUGAUAAAGUUAUGAAGGUUGCAGAUUCCUAUGCGAGCAAUCCUGAAGUGGUGACCAAUGCUUCAUCAGCAUCAGGGUUAGAUUUCCACUACAAAAAAGACCUCUUGUAUUGGUCUGAUAUUGAGACUAGAAAGAUAUAUUCUCAAAGACUACGAGGAUCUGGAAACUCUGUAGAGACCACCUUGACUCUUCCUGGUUCCCUGACACCUGGAGCCUUGGCUGUGGACUGGGUGGGAGACAAGCUUUAUGUUGUGGACAUCCUGGGACAAAAGAUUGAUGUGUUUGAGAUCCUUGGCCGCUAUCAUGCUAUUGUUCUGUCCAACAACAUCACUGCCCCUCAAGAUAUUGGACUUGAUCCUACUUAUGGCCUCAUGUUUGUAGCCGACACCGACCGCAUCAUUCGUGCCAACAUGGAUGGAACAAACCUGCAGGAACUAAUAAAGGACGUAAUCUACAAGGCCUCGGGAAUUGCUGUUGACAUUAUUAGUCAGCGAAUCUUCUGGUGUGAUUCGCUUUUGGAUUACAUUGAAACAGUGACGUAUGAUGGCAAGGGAAGGACUGCCAUUGUCCGAGGAUCACCUAAUGUUCCAGCUCCUAAUCGGCUGACAAUGUUUGAGAGCAAUGUUUACUGGACAGACAGCACUCGGCAGGGAGUCAUUCGUGUACCCAAGUUUGAGGGAGCUAAUAGUAUUCAUGCAGUUUAUAGAGAUUCUGGAAAGACACAAGAUCCCAAAGCAAUCAAGGCAGUUCAUGCACUGAUGCAGCCAGCAGUCCCAAAUCCGUGUACAAAUGGUGGAGGAAAGACCAAUGGAGGGUGUGAUCACAUGUGUAUUGUGACUCAUGGAUCAAACAAUCUUGGGUUCCGCUGCGCCUGUGACAUCGGCUACAGAUUGAAUGAAGAUCAGAAGAGUUGCUCAAUGGUGACAGAGUUCCUGAUGUAUUCACAACAAAAAUUCAUCAAAGGUCAAGUUUUGGAUCCUGUAUCAGAGAAUUUUAAUGAUGCCAUCAAUCCAAUUGUGUCCAAGGCAGCAAGAUUUGUGGGCCUUGAUUUUGAUUAUCGGAAUGACUAUAUUUACUACUCUGAUGUGAGCCUGGAUGUCAUAUAUAGAGUGAAGAAAAAAGGAACUGGCCGUGAAAACUUGCUAGCUUCACAAAAUGAAGGUGUUGAGGGUCUGGCACUUGAUUGGGUCUCCAAAAACCUAUACUACAUCGAUAGCCGCAAAGGAACCCUCAAUGUCCUUCACACAGAAAAGCCUGACUUCAGGAAGGUUCUGCUGACAGGCCUGAGGCGCCCAAGAGCUAUCGUAGUCCAUCCCAAUAGAGGGUAUGUCUUUUACUCAGAGUGGGACCGUCCAGCUAAUAUCAGUCGUGCAUUCCUUGAUGGAACUAAUGUCAUGGUGUUCCGUAAUGUACUUCUUGGCUGGCCAAAUGGCCUGUCAAUAGAUUACAUCACAGACCGCAUCUAUUGGUGUGAUGCUCUGCUGGACCACGUGCAACAUGCAAACCUCAAUGGCACUGACGUGCAGACCAUCAGUUCACAGAGCAUCAGGCAUCCCUUCUCCCUUGUUAUAUAUAAUGAUUGGUUGUAUGUAACCGAUUGGCGCCGAGAUGCCAUCUUAAGGAUGAACAAGACCGAUGGCUCACAAGAAAAGGUUGUUGCUGAGGUUGCAGAAAGCAAUCGCCUGUAUGGCAUUCGUAUAUACAGCUUUAAGGCUCAAGAGAUAAUACCCAAUCACCCUUGUGAGAGCAGUGAUACAUGCGAGAAGUUCUGCUUCCCAGUUCCUGAUGGAGCUGGAAAGCUCAAAGCUCAAUGCGAUUGUCCAAUGGGAGAAAAAUUGAAUGCUGAUAACAAGAGCUGUGGAACUGAUCCUGAUGCUGACCCUGUAGAAGUUUCCUGUGCACCUUGGGACUUCCAGUGUGCCAAUGGAAGAUGCAUAGAGAAGUCUUGGGUCUGUGAUGGAGAUGACGACUGCCUCGAUAAUUCAGAUGAAGAACAGAACUGUACAAAUGUUACUUGUCGAGAGGAAGAGUUCCAGUGUUUGUCUCGAAAGUGCAUUCCUAAUACAUUUAGAUGUGACUCAGACAAUGACUGUGGAGAUUUCUCAGAUGAGACUGGCUGUCUCAAUAUGACCUGUGAAGCAUCUUACUUCCGGUGUGAUAAUGGCCGCUGUAUUCCACUCAACUGGAAAUGUGACUCUGAGAAUGACUGUGGUGACAGUUCUGAUGAAGGAGAAUUUUGUGCUAAUAAAACCUGUUCAUAUUUCCAAUUCACAUGUCCCAGUACAGGUGCCUGUAUACCUCAAGCCUGGGUGUGUGAUGGUGAUAAUGACUGCUAUGAUAACAAAGAUGAAGAGGGAUGUCCACCAAUUGCUUGUACUGCAGCUCAGUUCAAAUGCAACAACCAGAAGCAGUGUAUUCAUGAAUCCUACAAAUGUGAUGAGAUCCCUGACUGUGAUGAUGCCUCUGAUGAGCUCGGCUGUCCCACUGUUGAUCCUGAUGGUUGUAUUGAAGAAAAUCAGUUUAGAUGUGAAAAGUCAGGAAUCUGCAUCCCCAAGAGUUGGAAAUGUGAUGGAAAUCCUGAUUGUGAAGACAAGUCUGAUGAGCCAGAAACAUGUGGACAGGUGUCAUGUCCAAGCACACAUUUCCAGUGCAAAAAUAAGAAGUGCAUAUUCCACUCAUGGUUAUGUGAUGGUGAAAAUGAUUGUGGUGAUGGCUCUGAUGAAGAUAAUGUAGAGUCAUGUGGACAGCCAGUGUUCAGGUGUGGAUCUGGAAUGUGGGAGUGUGAAGGAGUGAUAAAAACUUGCAUUGAUAUCAUUCAAGUGUGUGAUGGCAAGAAAGAUUGUCCUAAUGGCGCUGAUGAAGGCCCUGGCUGCAAUGAACACAGUUGUGCAGGUGACAAGGCACUGGAAUGCUCAGUAAGGUGUCUGCAAACCCCAAAUGGAAGGGAAUGUAUAUGCAAUGUAGGUGAGAAGCUAGUGAAUGGCAGUGCCACAGCCUGUGAGGAUAUCAACGAAUGUGAUCCUCCAGGAAUGUGUUCCCAGACAUGCAACAAUGUGAAGGGCUCUUACAUAUGUUCUUGUGCUGAAGGAUAUACCUUAUAUAGUGACAAGAGGACCUGUAAAGCUAACAACCAUAGUGAAGCUUUCUUGAUCAUCAGUAACAGACGUAGCAUACUAAUAGCUGACCUGCAGCAGCGUAGCUUGGAGCGAGUACCAGUGCUUGUUGAAAAUGUUGUUGCAACUGCCUCUGACAUGAAGAACGGAACACUGUUCUGGUCUGACAUGAAGGCCAAGCAGAUUGUCAAACUGGAUAAAGGAAGCAAAAACAAUGAACCUCAAGUGCUUAUUGGAAGUGGUCUGGAUUUGGUCGAAGGCUUGGCAUAUGAUUGGAUCACUGGCAAUAUAUACUGGGUGGACUCCCGUCUCAAUGCCCUGGAAGUAGCGCGGCGUGAUGGUUCUCAGCGCAUCAUCUUGCUCAAUAAAAACAUCUCCCAGCCCCGAGGAUUAAGCCUUGAUCCUAUGAAUGGAGCUCGCUGGUUGUUCUGGACAGACUGGGGAGAAAAUCCUCGAAUUGAACGUGUCAGCCUCAGUGGACAAAAUCGAUCCGUCAUUAUUCAGACCAAGAUCUUCUGGCCCAAUGGUCUUACUGUGGACAUUCCCAACAAGAGGAUAUACUUUGCUGAUUCUAAGCUUGAUUAUAUUGAUUUCUGUUAUUAUGAUGGAAGUGGAAGGCAACAAGUUCUAGCACAGAGUCAUUACUUACUGCACCCACACUCCCUAUCAAUCUUUGAGGAUCAUGUCUACUGGACAGACCGUCAGCUGAAUAGAGUCCUGUCGGCUCACAAGUUCCGUGGUGACAAUGAAUCUGUUGUAUCACAUUUGGUGUCACAACCCCUGAGUAUCCAUGUACACCAUCCAGUGCUGCAGCCCAGUGAGGAAAAUCCAUGUGCCUCUAACCCAUGUGAACACCUUUGCCUCUUGAAAAACCCAACUGGAUAUUCCUGCUUGUGUCGCCCUGGAUUCCGUGCUGUAGGAGGAAAGUGUACUCCUGUGAACAUCGCAUAUCUGAUGGUGAUGAAGGGAAGCCAGAUUGUGGAUAUUGCACUGAACAAGCCUAAUGACAAGGGCUCUGCAGGAUUCCUGACCCCCAUUGUGGGAUUAGAGAAUGGAAUGCAGCUUGACUAUGACCGCAAGAACGGACGCAUCUUCUGGGUUGAAAGCAUAACAAAAGACAGUGAAAAUGGCACAAUCUAUACCAUGAGCAUUGGAGGUGGAAACCGUUCAACUUACAUGGAUCUUGGAAUAUAUGGCUCUCCUUACACAAUGGCUUGGGACUGGGUGGGGCAAAAUAUGUAUAUUGGAAAUCGUGUAGCCAACAACAUUGAAGUUCUUAAGUUUGAUGGCAAGAAAAAGUACCAGAGUGUCAUCCUUGACAAUAAUGGCACAGAAACAGGUGUAGCUCGGCCCAGAUCUAUGUGCCUUUUACCUUCGGAAGGGUUCCUAUUUUGGCUGGAUGAUGGAGGUGCUCUUGUACCUAUGAAGGUUGGAAGAGUUGGAAUGGAUGGUAGUAAUCCUACCAUCCUGCAUCGUCUUACAAACACAAGACCAGAGUUCAUUACUGUUGAUCUAACAAAGAAGAAAUUGUAUUGGUCGUCCAGUAAUAGAGCUAAGAUCAUGUCCAGUGAUAUAAAUGGUGAAAAUGUGAGAACCAUACUGAGUGAAGAUAACCACAUUGCACAGCCUAAAGCCAUUGCAGUUUAUAAUGAUAAUUUAUAUUACCUGGACUCGCUGUAUGAAAAAGUUGUGCGUGUGAAUCUUCCUGAUGGCAGCAACCCACAGGUGCUUGUUGAAAACACAGCUGAUCUCCGAUCCCUGAAGAUGUUCCUCUCACGGCCAAUUCCAAUCAACAAUCCUUGCUUGGUUGGCAAUGGUGUCUGUGAUCACAUCUGUAUCCCAAUGAUGAGUAAACAAAAAACUUCGCAUAGGACUUGCAGGUGCACCACAGGCUAUCAGGCCGAUGGUGAGAAUGGAUGCAAGCCUUACAACAAGUUUGCCAUUGUGUCUCAGUUGGAGAUGAUGCGCGGCUACAGCCUUGAUGGGGCUGGGGAGGCUAUGACCCCCGUUGCAGGCACAGGUCACAAUAUUCUCCAUGUUGACUUCCAUUAUUCCAAGAAAUACAUGUACUGGAUUGAAUUCAACCAAGGUGGCUUCAAUGGAAUCUACCGCUCAAGACCCAAUGGCUCAGAUCUGGAAGAUGUUGUUGUUACUGGUAUUGGUUCCAAUGGGAUCAGAGGAAUAGCAAUUGAUUGGAUUGCAAACAACUUGUACUUCACCAAUGUUUUCCCUCAUGAGACUUUUGUUGAGGUUUCUUGGCUUGACGGAACUAACCGAAUGGUACUGAAAAGUAUGACAAAGGAUUCUCCAAGAGAAAUUGCUGUAAAUCCAGUGAAGAAAUAUCUUUAUUGGCUGGAUUAUGGACAGUUCCCCAUGAUUGGAAGAGCUUACCUAGACGGCUCAAACUGGAAACCGCUGGUCACGUCAGGAAUAAGUAAUCCCCGUGACCUCACCAUUGACAUGUUCAGCAAUGACGUGUACUGGGUGGACUCUACUCUGGAUGCCAUCAACAAGGUCAGUUUUAAUGGAGGAAACAGGCAAUCCAUUCGUCGUAACUUGCCAAACCCAAUGGGCCUUGCACUUUACCAAGACCAUGUUUAUUGGAUUGACCGUAACCUCCGAACCAUUUUCCGAGCCUCCAAACAUCCUGGCAACACAACCCUUCCUGAGCGCUUCAAGACCAACCUGGGCAGUUUGAGAGAUAUUGCAAUCUAUGAUGGUAGUAACCAGCCCACCAAGGCUGAAACUCCCUGCACAACUCGAGGCAAUGGAGGAUGUGCUCAGCUAUGCUUCUCCUUCCCUGAUGAGGCCACACAAUCUGAGAGCAUGAGGUGUGCCUGUGCCUCAGGUGUCCUGGCCACUGAUAAACAAAGCUGUGAAGAUUCCAAGGAGUAUCUCAUAUUCACAACAAGAACAGAAGUCCGUAGCCUCUCCCUGAACCCUGAGAAGCACAUUGUGCCAUUUGACACAAUUAAUGAGGAUCUGACAAAUGUUGUAGGAAUUGACUUUGACUAUGAAACAAAAGAAAUGUUCUACACACAAAUUAGACCUAACACCAAAAUUGCUAGAAUCUCAAGCACAUCACCAUUUAAAUCUGAGACUAUUCUAAGUGAUGGAAUCAAUCCAGAAGGCAUAGCAUAUGACUGGACAUCAAAGAAGAUAUAUUGGACUGACUCUGCCAACAACAGCAUCUACUCCAUGAACACAGACGGCACACACGUGGUCAUGAUCAUACAGGUGGAACGGCCACGUGCCAUCGUCUUGGAUCCAUGCCGAGGGCACAUGUACUUCACUGACUGGGGAAGGUUUGGAACUGCUGGCAAGAUUUACCGUGCAACAAUGGCUGGAUCAUACAGAGAAGAGAUUGUUCGUGAUCUUUCCCAACCAAGUGGAUUGGCUAUUGACUAUGAAGAGGAAAUGCUGUAUUGGACUGAUGCUGUGAAGGAGCUCAUUGAAAGGUCUUACUUGAAUGGAACUGGGAGAGAAGUUCUUGUAUCUGCAACCAUCUAUCCCUUUGCUAUAACAGUGUACAACAACCACAUAUACUGGACUGACCUUCAGCUACGAGGAGUUUUCCGUGCUGAAAAGUAUACUGGUGGAGACAUGGUUGAGAUGGUCCGCCGGCUGGAUGAGUCCCCUAGAGACAUCCACAUAUUCUCAGCUGAUCGUCAGAAAUGUAGCACAAAUGUUUGUACAAUUAAUAAUGGUGGUUGUGCCCAGUCAUGUCACCCAAGUGUGGAUAACAAGCCUGAGUGCAAGUGCAAUGCAUCACUGAAGUUAGUCAAUGAAGACAAAAUGUGUGUACCACGAAAUUACAGCUGCAAUGCAAACAAUUUCUACUGUGCAAAUGGAAAGUGCAUAUCCCGCUUAUGGGCAUGUGAUGGAUCAGAUGACUGUGGUGACAACUCUGAUGAGAACAGAAACUACUGUACUUAUCACACAUGCAGCCCCAGUGAGUUCCGCUGCAAGAAUGGCCGUUGCAUCUUUUCAACUUGGAAAUGUGAUCAUGAAGAUGAUUGUGGAGAUGGAUCUGAUGAAGAAGGUUGUGAAUAUCCUCCCUGUGCAGAAGGAGAAUUCACAUGUGCCAAUCAUCGUUGCAUUCCAAUGUCACAGGUAUGCAAUGGUGUGAAUGACUGCAAAGAUAAAAACACCUCUGAUGAGAAUAGUGAUAGAUGUCCAAAAAUUACUUGCCCACCCAAUCACCUGAAGUGUGAAAACACAACCAUAUGUGUCGAACCUUACUGGUUAUGUGAUGGUGAUAAUGACUGUGGAGACAAUUCUGAUGAAGAUGAACUUCACUGCUCACACCGCAUGUGUCCUCCAAACAGCUUCAGGUGCCCCAACCAUCGCUGUAUUCCUGGCACGUGGCACUGUGAUGGGGAUGAUGAUUGUGGUGAUGGUGCAGAUGAGCCAGAGGAAUACUGUGAGCAGGAAGACCGCACCUGCUUUGGUGACCUCUUCACAUGUGAUAACGGAAACUGUGUACCAAAAAUCUAUAUUUGUGAUGGAGACAAUGAUUGCCUUGAUGGGUCUGAUGAAGGAGACAGACACAAAUGCAACAACCGUAAAUGUGAUGAAGAGACUGAAUUCACAUGUCACGCCAACAAGCAGUGGGGCCGUGCUAUGUGCAUUUUGAAGAGAUGGGUGUGUGAUGGUGACCCUGACUGUGUGGAUGGUGCUGAUGAAAACUCCACUGCUCUGUACUGUCCUCCACUAGAGAAAUGUAAUGAAAAUGAGUUCCAGUGUCAAAAUGGACGUUGUAUUAGUAAGGACUGGGAAUGUGACUUUGACAAUGACUGUGGAGAUGGUUCAGACGAAGGUAUAUCAUGCAACCAGAAGUAUCGAGAAUGUACAUCUGACGAAUUCAACUGCAGCAAUGCCAAGUGUAUCCGCAAGUCUUAUCAGUGUGAUGGAGAAGAUGACUGUGGAGACAAUUCUGAUGAAGUUAACUGUGAACCAGAAAAGAAGUGUGGAGCAGGAGAGUACCAGUGUAAAAAUGGAGAAUGUAUUCCUAUGAAGCUUGUAUGCAAUAAAGUCAAUGAAUGUUCAGAUGGAUCUGACGAACCACUUCAUUGUAAUGUUGAUGAGUGCGCUAAAGUAGAAAUGCAUCAGUGUGGACACAAGUGCAUCAACACUAUCAUUGGAUACGAGUGUGCUUGCAACACUGGGUACAAGUUGAUGGCUGAUGGUAAGGCAUGCCAAGAUGUGAAUGAGUGUAUAGAGGUGCCUGGAGUCUGCUCUCAGAAAUGCUUCAACACACCAGGGUCCUACAGCUGCAAGUGUAAUCAGACCUAUUACGAUCGGGACGCUGAUGGACACACCUGCAAGCGACGGGAUAAUGCCGAGCCAUGGGUGUUCUUUACCAACAAGUAUUAUGUUCGUAGGCUGACAACAGAUGGCUCACAGUACCUCUUAAUGCACCAAGAUCUGAGAAAUGUUGUAGCCAUGGACUUUGAUAAUAAGGAAGAUAUGUUAUACUUUGCUGAUGUGACUGCAAAGGUUAUAUAUAGAGCCAAGAUUAAUGGAACCGAGAAGGAGGAGGUUCUCAAACAUGACACCCAUGGUUUGGAAGGUCUGUCCAUUGACUGGGUUGGACGAAAGAUUUACUGGUUGGACAGACAUAGCAAGCAUUUAGAUGUGGCAGAACUGAAUGGCACAAACAGGAAAACUCUAAGAUCAAGUGGAAUCAAUGACCCAAGAGCAGUUGCCGUCCACCCAGGUAUUGGCUAUGUAUACUUCACAGACUGGCACCUCCAGACCUACAUUGGCCGCAUUGGUAUGGAUGGAUCAAACUUCUCUCGCAUUCUGAACUUUGACGACAAGAUCAUCUGGCCCAAUGCUCUCACGUUUGACUUCUUUACAGACAGAAUAUACUGGGCUGAUGCUCACCUUGAUUACAUUGCCUAUGCAGACCUUGAUGGUAAUAAUAAGCAUGAGAUAAUACGUGGUGCCCAAGUGCCUCAUGUCUUUGCUAUCUCUGUCUUUGAUGAUUAUAUGUACUGGACAGACUGGAAUCUCAAGGCCAUUCUCAAAGCCAAUAAAUUUACUGGUGAAGAUUUCCAGUUUCUUCGCAACACAACGCACCGGCCAUAUGAUCUUCAUAUCUACCAUCCUCUACGACAGAUACCUUACCAUAACCCUUGUGGAGAUAACAAUGGAGGCUGCUCACAUUUAUGCUUGCUGAAACCCACUGAUGGUGGAUCAGUAUCAUAUUCAUGUGCUUGUCCUGACCAGUUCUACCUUGCUCCGGACAAUAAAACUUGUAUCGCCAAUUGCACAAGAGGACAGUUCCGUUGCUCAGGAAGUGACGAUAAGUGUAUUCCCAUAUAUUGGAGAUGUGAUGGGGAGAAGGACUGCAAGGAUGGAACUGAUGAACCACCUGGUGACAUUUGUCCUGAGAGAAAGUGUCGCCCUGGGCAGUUCCAGUGUGAAGAUGGUCGAGGCUGUGUUGUUGCCACACAGUUGUGUGAUGGACAGAACGACUGCAGUGAUGGAUCUGAUGAAAGCAACUGUCAGAUAGAAUGUACCGAGCUACAGUUUAAGUGUAAAACAACUGGCAAAUGUAUAAACAUAGCCUGGAAGUGUGAUGGUGACAAGGACUGCAGGGACGGAUCAGAUGAAGACGACUGUGACAAUCGGCCAUGUGAUGAAGAAAGAGAAUUCAGUUGUAAAAAUGGCAAGUGUAUCUCCAAGCAAUGGAAGUGUGAUUUGGAUAAUGACUGUGGUGACCACUCUGAUGAACCAGCAUUCCUCUGCCGCCAGUUGAACUGUACAGAAGGAUGGCGAAGAUGUCCCGGCCGGACAAAUUACCGAUGCAUACCAGAGUGGCUGUUCUGUGAUGGGAAGGAUGACUGUCGAGAUGGCACGGAUGAACUGCCUGAGUAUUGCCCUAAAUGUCACGAAAAUGGAGAUUUCCAGUGCAAGAAUAAACGCUGCAUUCCCAAACGCUGGCUGUGCGACUUUGAGAACGACUGUGGUGACAAUUCUGAUGAAGAAGAAGAUAUGUGUCGCACCCAGUAUCGAGAAUGUUCUGAAAGUGAAUUCAGGUGUGGGAAUAACAAGUGCAUCCCCAGUCGAUGGCGCUGUGAUCAUGAUAAUGACUGUGGUGAUAAAUCUGAUGAAGAAAACUGUGGUGAACAUAAAUGCCGGGAUGGUCAAUACCAAUGUUCUUCUGGUCACUGUAUUCAAAGUCAUUUCCAAUGUGAUGGUGAGCGUAAUUGCCACGAUCUAAGUGAUGAAUUGGACUGUGCUCCUCGCUAUCCGGGUGAGCGCUACUGUCCAGCUGAGAAAUUCCAGUGUGAUAACCAUCUUUGUGUGGAGAUGCGUGACCUGUGUGAUGGAAGUAACGACUGCUAUGACAAUUCUGAUGAGCGUGAAAGCUUGUGCAGUAACUACACAUGCAACACACUGCGACGCUUCCAGUGCAACAAUCACAAGUGCAUCCCCUUGUAUCAAAAGUGUGAUGGAAAUGACAAUUGUGGUGACGGUUCUGAUGAAAACAACAUGACUAUAUGCUCGUCGUCACGCUCCUGCAUAUAUGAUGAAUUCCGCUGUGCUAAUGAAAAAUGCAUUGAUAUGAGCAAAGUCUGUGACCAUGCUGAUGAUUGUGGAGACUCUUCAGAUGAACUUGGUUGUCAUACAUCCUCAAAUUGUACUGUAGGAGGAUGCGAGCAGAAGUGUAUGCAGCUUGAGGAUGAUGGCUAUGUUUGUCAUUGCCUGCGAGGAUUCCGCAUUGCUCCAAACAACCCAAAGAAAUGUUUAGAUAUUGAUGAAUGUGAAGAGUUUACACACAAUUGUUCACAGCUCUGCACCAAUCUUAAUGGAACACAUGCUUGUUCUUGCCGUGAAGGUUUUGAAGCAAAGAUUAAUGGAGUGUGCAGGCUGAAAGAGGGGUCAGUGACCCUGAUUUACUCUGAUAGCCCAGAAAUCCGUACCUUCAAUGUGACAUCAGACACAGCAAGUUAUGUCAUCAAGGGUGAUAGCAUUGAAUCACUAGAUUAUGAGCCAAAGUCUGGUAUAGUAUACUGGACUGAUUCCUAUGGAAAGACAAUCAAAAGGUCAUACCUUCCAGGAUCUCCUGAAAGAGCAAAUGUUACAAUGGGCUAUGCUCAGAACUUGGAAAUCAAAAGCCGAGCUAAACCAACUGGCUUAGCAGUUGACUGGGCAGGCAUGAACCUUUACUGGAGUGAAACAGAUCGUACAGGAAAUAAACCAAGGGGAUCCGUCUUGGUUGCUACACUUGAUGGACGCUAUCGCCACUCUGUCAUUGCUACCGGUCUUGAAGUUCCUACAUCUGUUGUCGUUGACCCAGAGCAUGGGUACAUGUUCUGGACAGAUAUUGGUUCAAUUCCAAAAAUUGAAACCUCGUGGAUGGAUGGCAGCAAAAGACGCAUUCUUGUGUCAGAUGCAAUUAGCCAGCCUACAGGUCUUUCAAUUGACUUUGCAAUGGAUCAUACUAUAUACUGGGUAGAUGCAAAAUUAAAUAAGAUUGAAAUGAUGCGUGAAGAUGGCACUAGGAGAACGCUUGUGGCCUCUGGAAACUCCCUGAAACACCCUCUUGCCCUGGAUGUGUUUGAAGCAAGCAUAUACUGGGUAACCCGUGACUCAGGAGAAAUAUACAGCAUGGACAAGUUUGGUAGAGGAGUUCCAGUAAGGCUUCCUGGAGAAUUUGCAAACCCAUCAAGUAUCAAAGUCUUUGCUGAUAUGAGAUACAACACGAGCACAAUGAGCAUAUGCCACAGAGAUACUCCAUGCAGUCACCUGUGUCUCAUUGUACCUGGUGGUUAUAAAUGUGCCUGCCCAGACAACAAGGGUGUUAAGAACACCUAUCCAAAUUGUGAUGCUCCACAUGAGGCCAUUAAACCAAGACCUCUGGGAUGUAGGUGCUUGAAUGGUGGUGUCUGUGUGCUGGACAACACCAGUGCCCUUCAGUGUAUAUGUCAAGAAGGUUAUUCAGGAGAACUUUGUGAAACUUAUGUAGCUAGAAGCUACAUUCCUCAAGAAUCUUGGGCAGCAGCAACUGUAGUUGUGCCCAUUAUUUUAAUAAUCCUAGUGUUGGCAGCAUUGGCUGCCCUCUACGUCUUCUUCAACCGCAGGCACAUAACGUUGAAGGGCCGUGGCCUUCCUGGUUCCAGUGUUGUGUUUAGACAAGGAACUAACGUAGAAAUUGGACCACCCUCAUUUAUGGCACCAGCUGAGGGAUCUAAUGGGGUGCCAAUAGAAGGAGAUGUAAAUCUUGGUGAAAUGGCAAACAAGAAUCACAACUUUAGCAAUCCUAUGUAUGAUGCCAUGGGAUCCAUGGAAGGAGCUGCACCAGAACAGACAAACAGCAAAGGUCUAUAUGAAGUGCCUUUAGACACCAGCAAGAGUAAGAAUUACAACUUGGAAAGCCAAGAGAGUAGUAAUGGUACAACUCAGCCUCCUGCUCUUGCUGUCCUCUCACCAUCAGCUAUGAUGCAAAAAGCUUCACCUAACAUACAAAUUCGUAAAAAGGAGCUAAGUCCAUCCAGUAAUGACACUGGCAAGGAUACUCAGAAACUGGUAGUGGAGGAUGAUAACUCUGAAUGCUAAGACUGUAUGCUGUGUUGUGUUAUAUGCAGAACUUGUUAUUAGCCAUUACAGUGGUACCGACCACUACCUGUGCUUAGGGAUACCGUCCCACAGUGAUUUUUUACUGUAAUAAAUUACCAAAUCAAUACAUGCAACUACUGUGCCCCGUGUGAAUGAUCCAACAUAAAAUAUCCAUUGUUGCCAUUCUAUUUCUAAAAAAAAAAUACAAAAAAAUUGCUGCAGUACAUCUAAUUUUUUUACACUAAUAUUUCAAUCAGACAUGGUGCUGAGAUCAUGGUGAAUAGUUAAUAAGUAUGUGAUUCAAAUUUCUAAUGUCAAAGGUAUUAUGACUACUGCUGCAUGGGAUAAAAAGCUGAUUAUUUCAAUGCACCAUGUAGAUGAGAAGUAUAAUAUAUUUUUACACAAAUGUUUAGACUUGUUAUAUUUAAUUAUUACACAACAAAGUGAUAUUUUAGGGCUAAAACUUUUUGGUUUGAAAAUGGCCCAGAUUACUUUAUAGUUAACAAAUUUCCUAUUUAUACCACAUUAGUAUAUUGUUCCUCUAGAGGCAUUGAUUGACAAAAUAUUUCAUAUGAAAGGACAUGUCUAUUUUAUAAUGAAGCAAAGCCGUCCAUUAUAAAUGUGUGUAUGAUACAUUCCAUAUGCUAGGGUUUAUUAUUGUACUUAUUUAAAAAGAUACAUUAUGUACAGUAUUUUGUUAAGUAUGGGAUUGUGAAUGAUGCCUAAUGAUCAUAUAUGAUAAAAAGCAUACUAUGUUUGUGUGUUCUGAUGAAAUAUUGUACCCACUCCAGCCCCCAAUCCACCUUAAGGCUAAAUACACUGAACACCAAUGCUUUUACAUGGGAGAAAUGUUUCCUAUGACAUUUAUGUAAAUAUCUAUCAUAAUGUAUAUAUUUUAGUCUUGAUUUUUCGCACCUGAUCGAGAAGGAUCUACUUUAUUCCCAACAUUUGACAUUAGUUUGGUGUUAAAAAGUGUUAUUAAAAUGCCUGUGAAA